AUGAUCUCUGCUCACUGCAACCUUUACCUCCUGGGUUCAAGCAAUUCUCCUGCCUCAGCUUCCCAAGUAGCUGGGAUUGCAGAAGUUACUGAAAACCUGGUUACAAAUGAUAAUUCACCUAACGUACCAGAGGCAAUUGAUAGACUCUUCAACGACAUAGCAAAUAUCAACAGGGAGUCUAUGGCUGAAAUGUCAGACACUCAGAUUGAAGAAAUAGCAGUAAACCUAUGGAACUGGGCACUUACCAAGAGAGGAGGUUUUCAUAUAAAUGAAGAGCAGAAAACUAAAAUACAUUAUGUUGCCUGCAAGUUGCUCAGUAUGUGUGAAGCCUCAUUUGCCUCAGAACAAGGUAUUCAACGACUCAUUAUGAUGAAUACUAAAAUAGGAAAAGGGUGGUUGGAUGUUGGAAAUUUUUUAAUUGCUGAUGAAUGUUUUCAAGCUGCUGAGGUGAGUCUGGAGCAAUUAUACACGAAAUUAAUUCAGAGGAGCUCCCCUGAGACUGACUUGACCUUGGAGAAGAUGGCUGUUGAGAAAGACCACUUCAGAGUGCUUUCUUACCAAGCAGAGUCAGCAGUUUUUCAAGGGGAUUUUCAAAGAGCAUCUAUGUGUGUACUGCAAUGUAAAGAUAUGUUGGUGAAGCUCCCUGAAAUGAUUUCAUAUCUUCAUGAACUCUGUUGGAACUUUGGAUCAGAAACCCAGAAGAAUAAUAAAUAUGAAGAAAGUUCUUUCUGGCUUAGCCAAAGCUAUGAUAUUGGGAAGAUGGAUAAGGAUUCUACUGAUCCAGAAACGCUGGCUAAAGUUCUACGGUUAUUAGCCACCAAUUAUUUGGAUUGGGAUGACACCAAAUAUUAUGAUAAGGCUCUCAAUGCUAUAAACCUAGCAAACAAGGAACAUUUAAAUUCUACCGGGCUUUUCUUAAAAAUGAAAAUCCUCUUGAGAGGUGAAACAUCUAAUGAAGAACUCCUUGAAGCUGUCAUGGAAAUACUGCAUCUUGACAUGCCCUUAGACUUCUGUCUGAACAUUGCUAAACUGCUGAUGGAUCAUGAAAGUGGCUCCAAUUGCCAGCCAAAAGGGCACCCGGACCGGUGUAUUUUGUAUGGAGAACCACUGCUCCGGGGCGCCAACAAAGCAGCCGCGCGGGGUAAAGCAGCAGCGCUGGUCGGCACAGCCGCACUGGGCCGAAACAGCCGCACUGGCGACCCGUGGAGCUUCUCUGCCUGGGAAUUUCCUAGUCUCUCCAAUUGCCAUCUAAAACGGUGCCCGGACUCGUGUAUUUUGUACGGAGAACCGCUGCACCGGGGCGCCAGCACAACAUCCGCGCUGACCAAACCAGCCGUGCUGGCGACCUGUGGGGCUCCUUCACCUCUGAAACUCUUGGUCUCUCACCAAACAGGAAGACAACUGACAGCAGAAUUAAUGAUCUGGCUACACAACAUUCUGUGGAGAAAAGCUGCCAGUAGUUUUGAGGUACAAAAUUACGCUGAUGCCCUACACUGGUACUAUUAUUCUCUGAAGUUUUAUUCACCUAGUGAAAUGGAUGUGGACUUCGCCAAGCUGCAGAGGAACAUGGCUUGCUGUUACCUGAAUUUGCAACAACUUGAUAAGGCCAAAGAGGCAGUGGCAGAAGCUGAACGACAUGAUCCUCGAAACAUUUUCACUCAAUUUUAUGUAUUCAAGAUUGCAGUCAUGGAGGGCAACUCUGAAAGAGCUUUGCAGGCAAUAAUUACUUUAGAGUAUGUAUUAACAGAUGAAGAAUCAGAAGAUAAUGAUGUAAUUGCAGAGAGAGGUUCAUCUAUCAUGCUUCUAAGUUUAGCUGCCCAGUUUGCUCUAGAGAAUGGACAACAAAUUGUGGCAGAAAAAGCUUUGGAAUAUUUGGCUCAACGUUCAGAAGACCAAGAACAAGUUCUUACAGCUACAAAAUGUUUGAUUCAUCUUGUUUUUCCAAAAAUUGCUGAAAUGCCGGAAUCUGAAGAUAAAAUGAAAGAAAUGGAUCGACUUUUGACUUGCCUGAAUAGAGCCUUUGUGAAACUUUCUCAGCCUUAUGGUGAAGAAGCCUUCAGUUUGGAGUCAAGAGCUAAUGAAGCUCAGUGGUUUCGAAAAAUGGCUUGGAACUUGGCUGUGCAAUCUGACAAAGAUCCAGUGAUAAUGAGAGAGUUUUUCAUACUUUCUUAUAAGAUGUCCCAGCUUUGUCCUUCUGAUAAAGUAAUUCUGAUUGCACGGAAAACAUGUUUACUUAUGGCAGUUGCAGUUGAUCUAGAGCAAGGGAGAAAAGCACCAACGACUUUUGAACAGACCAUGUUCCUGAGCCGUGCGCUUGAGGAGAUCCAUAAAUGCAAUGAGAUCUGGAAUUUGCUGAAAGAAGCAGGGGACUUCUCAAAUGAUUCAUGUGAGAAAUUGCUUCUGCUGUAUGAGUUUGAAGUUAGAGCCAAAUUGAAUGAUCCAUCACUGGAAAGCUUCCUGGAACCAGUGUGGGAGCUGCCUCAUUUAGAAUGUAAAACAUUUGAAACAAUUGCAAUAAUAGCAAUGGAAACACCUGCACACUACCCUUCCAUUGCUCUCAAGGCCUUGAAAAAGGCUUUAUUGCUCUACAAAAAGGAAGAAUCAAUUGAUAUUUCACAAUACAGCAAAUGUAUGCACAACUUGAUUAACCUCUCAGUGCCAGAUGGGGCGUCGAGUAUAGAGCUCUGUCCGCUGGAAGAAGUUUGGGGCUUUUUUGAAGAUGCUCUGAGCCACAUUAGCCGCACUAAAGACUACCCAGAAAUGGAGAUUCUCUGGCUGAUGAUCAAGUCCUGGAAUACUGGAGUACUUAUGUUUAGCAAGAGCAAGUAUGUAUCUGCUGAAAAGUGGUGUGGUCUGGCCUUGCGUUUUCUUGACCACCUUACCUCCUUCAAGGGAAGCUAUGAAACUCAGAUGAAUAUGCUAUAUAGUCAGCUUGUGGAGGCACUGAAUAGCAACAAGGGCCCAGUGUUUCAUGAACAUGGCUACUGGAGCAAGACAGAUUAGGCAAGCUCAUGGCCACAUGAAGUAUAUUGUUCUCAGAUGCUGACUGUUUAAAUUUUUGCCAGAGUUUCUCUUGAACUUUUGUUUCUGUUUUCUCAGACCCUGUUUUCAUGUUGUUGAAUAAACUUUAAGUGAAGCAUACUGAAUUUAC